AUGGCGAAGAAGUCAAAGAAAAGCGCGGGAGAUAACAUCAACGCCAAGCUACAGCUUGUGAUGAAGUCCGGAAAAUAUCAGUUUGGGAGGAAGUCCUGCUUGAAGGCCCUGCGAAUGGGGAAAGGCAAGCUCGUCAUCGUCAGCAGCAACUGCCCACCCAUUCAGAGGAGUGUCAUAGAAUACUACGCUAUGCUGUCGAAAUGUGGGGUUCACGAUUAUCACGGGGACAACAACGACCUAGGGACUGCCUGUGGGAAGUUAUUUCGAAUCAGCUGCCUCGUCAUCACAGACGUGGGUGACUCGGACAUUAUCAAGACGAACGAGUAG